UUGUGGGAGUUUUCUGGGGGUCCCUCAGGCAGCCAGGGGCUAAGAACUCAGCACUCGUGACCCCAAUGGCUCUGGCUGGGGUGGGGAGACAGCUGGUUGCAGGACUCUCUGCUGGUGCUUUCAGCCCUGGAUCUCAAAGCAAUUAAUGGGGGUUAAUUAGUUGAGCCUUGUAAACUCUUUUGCCCCGGGGAGUGAAGUGAGGAUCCUCAUUCCUGUUAUGCAGUGAGGGAAACUGAGGCACAGAGCGCCCUGCCCCCUGCUCGGCUCUCGUGGGAACGAAGUUCCCAAGGGAAACUCCCGCCAGUUCCCACAGCAACUCCCGGACACCUGGGUCCUGUCUGCGUCCUGGAGCAGAGGGAGGAGGGGCCUGGAGAAACCAGGGAUCGCCCCCCCCCCGCACGGAUUGAGGGGUCUCUGGCCAUGGUUCUCCAGGACAAUGAGCCCCUGGCGGGGCUGAGCCAGACCUCCCGAUGCCCUGUGCUGGCCCCCGUGGGGCAGGGCAGGUGGAGGGGCCCCGGGGCGGCCCAGGCCCAGCUGGUGGGCAAGGCCGACUGUCUCUCCUCCAGCUCCGGGGCAGCCACGAGCGACAGCCCCGAGGAGGACGAGGCCAGCAGCACGGAGAGUGCCCAGAACGGGGACGAGAGCCCCCAGGCGGGCGCGGAGGGGUCCCGGCUGCGGGGGGAGCAGGACGAGGCGCUGGGCCGGGUAGCGGAGUUGGAGAGUCGCAUCAAGGAGCUGCAGCACCAGCAGAAGGAGAUGAACAUUGAGAUGAAGCUGGAGGGGGCGCUGCUGGAGGGGGAGCUGGCGGCCGAGUGGCGGGAGGUUCAACGCGAGGAACAGCUGGUCCUGCAGCUGCAGAGGAGGUUCGCGGAGACGGUGCACCGGUGCCACACCGAGAGAGAGAAGGAGAAGGCUCGGCUGGGGAAGGAGCGGCGCAAGGUGGAGGAGCUCCAGAGGCAACAUGCCGAGUCCCAGACCCACCUGGAGACCCAGCCCGAGAGCAUGCGGGAGCGGAUGCAGAGCCAGCUGCAGCAGACGUCGGAGAUGCUGGAGGGGGCUCUGAGGAGCUACGAGGACCUGGAGUUCCAGCAGCUGGAGCGCGAGAGCCGCUUGGAGGAGGAGAAGGAGGCGGCCUGCCAGGCCUUGGCCCGCCAGAUAGCCCAGGUCCAGGAGAGCCUCAAGGAGAGGAAGAGGAAGGUGCGCAGGCUGGAGGCCCAGGUGCGCUCGGUGCAGGAGCACAUGGCGGGCGAGUGCCGCAAGCUGGUGCAGGAGAAGGGAGAGGCCGUCCAGAGCCUCAACUUGGAGCGGCGUCGGCUGGAGGAGCUGGGCAAAGCCUGUGAGGACCAGAGCGGAGAUGACUCGCCCGUCAGUAACCAGGAGCUCACCAAGCUCAUGUUCACCCAAAAGACGGAUCGGAAGGUCGUGGUGCUGGGCUGCGACCAGCGCGACCCGGCCUGCGUGUUCUCCGUCCGCAGCUCCGUCCAGAGCUCCUUCGGGCUGCAGAGAUCGAGGAGCCUGCCCCGAAGACGGGGGGACCGGCCGCCCCCCCGCCCCACUCAGCGCCCCCUCUCGCUCGAAGCCAACGGGGGGCUAGACUCAGACGUCCUGGCGCUGCAGCUCUCGGCGGGGGGCGACCGGCGCUGCGUGCCACUCAAACAUCUCAACGCCCCCCUGUACCCGCUGGGGGGGCCAUACAGCAGCGUGAGCUCCUGUGUCACCAAACUGGCCGAAAUGGAGCGGAUGGUGCGGGAGGCCAUGGCGGAGAGAGAGCGGCUGCUGCAGGCGCGGGAGGCGAAACGAGUGGCCCAGGGGGAGACACAACACACGGAGCCGCCCCCCCCUGCCCAGGACCGGAGCCCGGGGCCGGCGCGGGAGCCUCCUGCCCCCGCCCCCCUGGACCUGCGCGCCCACCUGGAGGCUUCGGGGCACAGCCUGGAGACCUGCCCCGAGGUGCGGGUGACGGGCAGGGCCUGCCGCGGCUUCCUGGUCAAGAUGGGCGGGCGCAUCAAAACCUGGAAGAAACGUUGGUUCUGCUUCGACCGCCAGCGGCGCCUGCUGGCCUAUUACGUGGACAAAGAGGAGGCGAAACUCAAGGGCGUCAUCUACUUCCAGGCCAUCGAGGAGGUUUAUUAUGAUCACCUGCGCAGCGCCUUCAAGAGCCCCAACCCCAAACUGACCUUCUGUGUCAAGACCUACGACCGGCUCUUCUGCCUGGUGGCGCCCAGCGCCGAGGCCAUGCGGAUCUGGAUGGACGCCAUCGUCACGGCCGCCGAGGAGAACACCCGCUACUGAGCCGGGCCCGCCGAGCCCCCCAGGCACCCACCAAAGACAUUGCCCACCUGGUGGGCGUGGCCAGCUGGGCCACUGGCUCCGCCCCUGGGAGGGGCUUGAGGGCAGGGCAGCCAAUGGGGGGUGGACUUGGUUCUUGAAGGUGUGAAGCUGUGCUGGCCCCGCCCCUUUUGACCUCGGCCAUGGCGGGAGCAAUGAGGCGCAGGCGUUUGCCUCCAAUCAGAGCAGGGCUCUUCUAAAACACAGACGCUCCCGGAACUGGGACCAAUGGGAGGCAAAUGGCUUUGAAUCCUGACCAAUGGGAGGAGGCUCACUGAGAAUUCUGGCCAAUCAGAGAACGCCUAGUUGGAAGGCCAGGCAAUUGGAUGCAUGUUCACCUGGGACCUGCACCAAUCCGUGGAGAGAAGGGUUGAGGCCUGGCCAACAGGAAAAGACUUGUUCAGAAUCUGCACCAAUAGGAGGAGACCUGCCUUAAAUGCUAACCAAUGGGGGCGGGGUGGGGAACACCUGGUUGGAAUUCCCACCAAUUGCAUGCGGCCUGGCUUUGAAACCUGGCCAAUUACCCAAAAGACUCAGCUGGAAUUUGCACCAGUGGGAGGAGACCGGGAUUGAACUGACCAAUGGUGGCUUGGACUUCCCAUUGACUGUCUGAAAUCUUGACCAAUGGGAGCAGGCUUCAAGGAUGCACCAAUCGGAGGAGACCAGGAUCAAACUGGCCAAUGGUGGCCGUGCCCGGAGGGUGCCGUGGCCAAGUCCCGACCAAUGGGGAGUGUGGAGUCUCUCUGAUAGGGAGCAAAGACUCUGUUGCCUGUAUGGCCUUUCCCAGCAUGCUUUGUGCCAUGUGGCCAAGGCCCAGGGGGCCGGGGCUGAGCCCAAAGGUGGCAGCAGGGGGAGCCCCCUGGAUCUUGUCUGUACCCCUCCCCCGCCCCGUGUCUGUUGUGGGCCCCGGGGUCGCUGCCCCCUGCUGACGCCAACUAUUUAUUACAGAAACUCGUCUGACCCACGGGCCAUGUGUCUAGUUUUAUUGCAGCCAGUGCCCCUCGCUCCAGCCCCCUGGGCUCCCCUGCCCCAAGCUCUGCCAGU